CGAUAACUGGAAGGUAGUAAAAACAUUGGACACGUCGCGAGUCUCUGGUGCUACGAAAAGAAAUUAAAGCUGAUUUCAGCAGGAUUCAAUCGGUUCCCGUUGUUCCGAGUGGACACACACACCUGCUGCUGUAGUUCUAGAGAAUGGAAAAUUGCUAGGUAAAGUUCGUGAAACGCCAACGACAAUCGAAUCGAUCCCGAGCCGAAGGAGGUGAACGAACGACGUCUUGCCUUGGUUGGUUGUUGGCAAAUCAGCAGUUUUGGCGACUGGCUCUGGUUCUCGUUCGAAGGAAAGUGAAAAUCAGCGAUCAAAAUGGACGAGACCGUGAUGUUGAUACUGUUGGUGAUUGUGAUGCUGGUGGGGUCCUACCUGGCGGGGAACAUACCGCUGGUUGUGACGUUGUCCGAGGAGAAACUGAAAAAUGUGUCGAUCUUCGGAGCAGGACUGCUGGUCGGUACGGCCCUCACGGUCAUCAUUCCGGAAGGAAUUCGAUCGCUGUACGAUGAGAGCAAACUGGAGGCGAAGACCAUGGGGACUUCCGACGCUCCCGAUCACAAGCACAGUGCCGACGAGCAUUCGUCUACGAUCGGCCUCUCGCUGGUGCUGGGAUUCGUGUUCAUGAUGUUGGUCGAUCAGGUGUCUUCCCGUCGGAGGGAAGGUUCGAACGAGCGCAAUUUGACUGCCACGAUCGGAUUGGUGGUUCACGCCGCGGCCGACGGAGUGGCCCUCGGGGCAGCGGCCACCACCAGUCAUUCCGACGUGGAAAUUAUCGUGUUCCUGGCCAUUAUGCUGCACAAAGCUCCCGCAGCUUUCGGACUAGUUAGCUUCCUAUUGCACGAAGGAAUCGAACGCCAGCGGAUACGGAAGCACCUGCUAAUCUUCUCGCUGUCCGCCCCGCUUCUAACUCUGCUGACUUUCUUCGGAAUCGGAAGUGAGCAGAAGGAAACGCUCGAGUCGUUGAAUGCCACCGGCAUUGCGAUGCUGUUUUCCGCGGGGACGUUCCUGUACGUGGCCACGGUGCACGUACUGCCGGAACUGACGCACAAUACCGGACACGGAGGCCACCGAAGCGGUGGCCAUACUGAUUACAACCUUCUGGAGACUGCUGCCGGCAGUAAAGUGGUCGUUCACGGAGGUGGUAGUGGACUGAAGAACACCGAACUGGCUCUGCUGAUUCUGGGAGCGUUGAUGCCGCUGUUCCUGACCGUUGGACACCACCACUAGAUACUAGAGAAGGAGACCAGAUGACGAGGUUAAUCGAAACAUUGCCAAAUUUUUUUAAUGAAAAGGUGAGCAGAGUGCGA